AUGCCGCCCCCGGCCCCUCCGCCCCCCGCCCGGCCCGGCCAAGCUUUCACCAUCGCAGCGCUGCUGGGACGCUCCUCUCCCCCCCCGGCACCUCCACCACCACCGACCCCUUCGCUGCCACCUCUGCCGCAUUGGGGGGCACCUCCCGGGCCGCUCUGCGCUGCGUGCUGCGGACCCCCGCCCGCCUGGGCUGCUCGCCUCGGGGCCACAGGCUUCCUGCUCUCCAAGUGCUGCUUCCCCAUCUUCAAAACCAAAGCUGGCAAAGCCAAACGGGUGCGCACCAUCUUCACCAGUGACCAACUGGCACGGCUGGAGAAGGAGUUUGCCCGGCAGCAGUACAUGGUGGGCACGGAGAGGUGCCUGCUUGCCUCUGCACUGCACCUCACCGAGGAGCAGGUGAAAGUCUGGUUCCAAAACCGAAGAAUUAAGUGGAGAAAACAAAGCCUGGAACAGCAGCAAGCCAAAUUGGCCAAGAUGGGCGGCCACCUCACAGAGGAGCCCUGA